GGUGGAGCAAAUAGUAACACACUGUAUAAACCUUCACAUCUACUGAAGAUGGUUAUUUAACUUUCUGAAAUACACAUUGAUAUUUGUAAUAAUAUUCAUGUGUAUAUAAAAACACCUCUUUGUUUUCAAAAUUCAGUACCAUAGGUAGGUAUAACAUACUCUGUGUGUGAACUUGAAUAGAAGUUCAGCUAGUUAUUUUUAUUCCUGAACAGUGAAAAUGUACCACUUCUUGAAUACCCGUCGUUGCAGAAGCAUCAAAAUAAAUCUUCAGAAUCAUCAUUGUCAAUUCUGAAGAUUAUUAUAUUUCGAAAUGCGUGAAGUCAUCUCAAUCCACGUCGGCCAAGCUGGAGUCCAAAUUGGAAAUGCCUGUUGGGAACUGUAUUGCCUCGAACACAAUCUGGACAAAGAAGGCUAUAACGUUAGCAAGGAGGUUACCAGCGAUACCAGUUUCAGCACAUUCUUCAGCGAGACUUCUUGUGGAAAACACCUCCCGAGGACCGUUUUCGUCGAUUUGGAACCAACUGUGAUAGAUUCGGUUAGAUUAGGCGAAUACAAAAGCUUAUACCAUCCAGAACAGCUGAUUAGUGGAAAAGAAGAUGCCGCAAAUAACUAUGCGAGAGGGCAUUAUACUGUAGGAAAAGAAGUGAUCGAUCAAGUUAGCGACAGGAUCAGAAAACUUACCGAUCAAUGUGGAGGCCUUCAAGGAUUCCUUCUGUUCCACUCUUUUGGUGGAGGUACUGGAUCAGGUUUCACAUCACUCUUGAUGGAAAAACUAUCGGUGGACUACGGAAAGAAGAGCAAACUGGAAUUCGCCGUCUAUCCUGCUCCACGUAUAGCGACAGCAGUCGUGGAGCCCUACAACGCUGUACUUACCACACACUCUACCCUUGAACACUCUGAUUGCGCCUUUAUGGUAGACAACGAAGCCAUCUACGACAUCUGCGUCAGAAAUUUGAACAUCCCAAGACCGGGCUAUUCUAAUUUGAACAGGCUUAUUGCUCAGAUCGUCUCAUCCACUACAGCAUCUUUGAGGUUUGAUGGUGCAAUGAACGUCGAUUUAACAGAGUUCCAGACAAACUUGGUACCAUAUCCUAGGAUUCAUUUUCCUCUGGUUACGUAUGCACCAAUUUGUUCUGCAGAUAAAGCCUUCCAUGAACAGAUGUCAGUGACAGAAAUCACCAACUCUUGCUUUGAACCAUCCAAUCAGAUGGUGAAAUGCGACCCUAGACACGGCAAAUACAUGGCGUGUUGCAUGCUUUACAGGGGAGAUAUCGUUCCCAAAGAUGUCAAUGGUGCAAUUUCGCUUAUCAAGAGCAGAAGGAACAUCCACUUCGUCGAUUGGUGUCCUACAGGCUUCAAAGUCGGAAUCAAUUAUCAACCCCCAACUGUUGUGCCCAAUGGAGAUUUGGCCAAGGUAUCAAGGGCAGUGUGUAUGUUAUCAAACACGACAGCUAUAGCGGAAGCCUGGUCUAAAUUGGAUGCAAAAUUCGAUCUAAUGUAUGGAAAAAGAGCAUUCGUUCAUUGGUAUGUUGGUGAAGGUAUGGAAGAAGGAGAGUUUAGUGAGGCUAGAGAAGAUCUUGCUGCACUGGAAAGAGAUUAUGAAGAAGUGGCUCUGGAUACUGCAGGCGAAGGCGAAGGUGAUGACGGGACUCUCGAUUUUAAUGAAGAUUAUUGAAAUUUGUGUUUUGUUAUAUUUGUAAUAGUGUUUUGAUUGUAUCUGUUACUCUGAAGUCUCGUACAAUAUUUUAACCCUGUUUUAUAAAUCCAAAUAUUAUUCGUUCUAUCUUUAUAAUAAAUUAUUAUACUACCACAAGAAUUUGAUUUUCCCAUCUUUAAAAUUUUUAGUUACAACAAUAAACUUCA